GCUGAUAAAGAAUUUGUGUGGUCUCUCUGGAAACGUCUCCAAGUAUCAAGUCCAGACCUUACUCAAGCUAUCAGCUUGGUUGUGGAAAGAGAAAAGCAGAAAGCUGAAGUCAAGGACAGAAGGGUUUUAGAGAUUUUGCAAGCCAAAGACAGCAAAAUAGAAACCUUAGAACAGAAACUCACAGGACAGCAGCAGGAGAUAAACAACUUAAUACAGAGAAAAAUUGCUGUGGAUGAGGAAAAUGCCCAUUUGAAGAAAGAAUUCAGUAACUUGAACCAGAAAUUUAAAGAUAAAAGCCAAGAACUUAAGGACACUGAGGAGUGUGCACAGAAGAAGGAAGAGCAAAACAGACUGGUUAUAAAAAACCUGGAGGAGGAAAAUAAGGGAUUAAAUACAUGCUGUGCUGACCUGCUAAAUGACCUGGAGAAACUGAGGAAGCAGGAGGCACAAUGGAAAAUGGAAAAAUCUGGCAAUGAUGCCAGAAUAAAGAAUUUGGAAACUGAUUUAGCAGAGGCAAGACAACAAAUGAAAGAGUUGCACGGUAUAUGCAGUAACUUGUCAUCUCAGGUAGCUGUGAAACAGGAAGAACUCUCUCAAAAGGACUGUGAUGUGGUCAGAGCUAAGAAGGAGUUACAGGAGCUGCAGAAUCUUUACGGACAAAACAUUAAACAUACAGCACAGCAGGCUGAGCUGAUAAAGCAGCUUCAGGCUCUCAAUACUGAUACACAAAAAGUACUGAAAGACCAAGAAGAUGCUCACACAGCUGAAACAACAUCAUAUCAAAAACUUUAUAAUGAAAUGACUUUAUGUUUUGAAACUGUUAAAACAAGUGAAAUUCAACUGCAGCGAAGCUGUGCCUCUCUUCAGGAUCAGUUAGUUGGAAAAGAUCAGAAGAUUUGUCAGUUACAAGAGCAACUUCAGCAGGCUCGUGAUGCUUUAAAUGCAUUCCCCAAAGAACCUAAUCUAUGCCAACAUCCUUCUUCAAGUGAGCUAGAGUGUCUUUUUACAAUGCAAAAAUCUGAAAUAGAGCUUUUACAGGAAAAAUUGAAAAAAACAAGUUUUAACCUAACAGAGCAUAAUUUGUAUGCUACAGAUACUCUGGAAAGCAACAAUGUAAGGACUAGAAGAAAGCAUAAGGAACCACCUGUGAAACGUUCAAGGUCUCUGUCCCCAAAGAGCUCUUUUAGAGAGUCAGAGGAGCUAAGGAAGCUUAAAAUAGCUGAGAGGAAGAUUGAAAACUUAGAGAAGACACUACAGCUAAAGACUCGAGAAACUGAUGAGCUAAGAGCAGCCCAUGAAAAACACAAAGAGAGGCUGCAGAUGUUACAGACCAACUACAGAGCACUAAAAGAGCAAUUAAAGCAGUGGGAAGAGGGUGAUAGCAGUAAAAGCAGAUACCAGCAUGCAGACCCCCGUCAGCUUUGUCAAGAGGAUUCUGAUGCUGUGUGGAAUGAACUGGCUUUUUUCAAAAGGGAACACAAAAAGCUGUUGAUUGAAAA